AUUUUUCGGCAGCGGUAACCAUUAAAAUCAACGACCAAUUGGCCCAGCAUUAAACGCCCAGGAUGGCUGGAAUCAGUGGAAGUUCCCAGCCGCGUCUGCAGCUAUAUAUAUUCUUGUGCCUGAUGGCGUCGGUGUUUGCUUCAUUACCGGAGGAACUGAGAGGAGCUGCAGGACCUGAAUCGAGAAUGGAUGUUCUAGGACUCUCGCCGGGACAAAGAGUCCUGGCUGCAGUGCCUGCGUCAGGACGCACGAGUUUUUUGCUGUACCAAUUAGCUUUGGCCAUAAAUUCAGCCGCCGGCCUGGAAUCGCCAACGAUGCAGGAAGUGGAGGUGGUCGAUGUGGUGGAGAACCAGGAGCAGUUCCUGCCGGCGAGCCCGGAUCCCAACUGGCUGGCCGCCAUGGCGAAUGAGUUUCAGAGUGUGCCAGUGUACGAGACCUUUCCGGCGGACUUGCAGAACUGGCUGAUGGAUGGCUACGGGAUCAGUGCCACGGAUUUCUACCACAGCUGGAGCAGAGCAGGAUUUGGCAGGAGGAGCAGCUCCCGCACCCAGCUGAUCUGUACGGCAGAUGGCCAGUGCUAUGAGGUCAACAAAAUCGUCACUGCCUGCUGUCCAUUUUGAGCAUCCAAUAAAGGCAUUGAAAACAAUCGAGAGGAAAUCAUAAAUUUUUGAGGCACACACACACAGCACAGAGAGACAUCGAUUGACAGGCAGUUCCGGCAUUGUCCGCAAUGAGACCAUUAAAUACCGACGCUCCUGUGGCCGAUCACGUGGUCAAUGGUCGAUGGUCGUUGGCCGGUGCAUCUGGCCAACAGAUUGGGGGAAUCUGGGACAGGGAAUGGGGCCCAUAAUCGAAAACGGAAGCUGCCAACUGCAAUGGUCCUUCUGUUCGUUAAGCAUUUUUUGCGGCACGAGUAGUUCAGUUAACUAACGGAGAUUUUCCGUCAUGUGAGCUGGUUUAUUUUUUAGGUUUUUUUUUCAGAUUUUACAGUAGCACCCAUAAGUCGUCGUAAGGAGAAUAUUUUUAUCAGUAAGAGAAUUAAGAUUACCAUAUAUUUCC